CACAUGUCCGUUAUUCAGUUAUCUUUGCAACGAUGUAUAACGGAAUAUGUGGGGAUUUUCUUGAACUAAUUAAUGUAUCUUCGUAACGACUUGUCAAAGAUAGCUGAUUUUCACAGUAAAGUACCUGUUGGUAUUUUUUUAUGUUAUCGGUGUAAUCUAUAAAUGGUAGAUAGGUAGUUAAAGGGAGAUUAUACCUCAUCAUUAGCUGGUUACCUUCCUUUGCCUUGUCGACUAAUUACCUUCUACAUAUUUUCUUCUAACAUCGCAAACUCUCCAUGAUUGUAAUGCAUUGAAGCAUAUAUGGAGAGGGCAUAUACAUGUUUUGCCUAUUGGCCUGUUUCUUUUAUCUAAUGUAUCAAUAUAACAAUAACACGUCAUUGUUCCUCGUUAUAGAUCUAUAUCAAAAUAGAUUCGCCGGAUAUCAGCUCUACUUGUCUAACACCACCGAGAGCCCUACACAAAGUGUCCUUUGUUUCGAGGACAAGAGUAGUACUAAAGCUCAGGUACAGUUGUUGGUGACACAUCAGUGCCCGUAUGUAGCUCGGUACGUGAUCGUCUACAAUUAUAGGAACAACCCCAAACGGUACACCUGGUAUUAUGAUUAUGCCGUUCUCGAGUUAUGUGAGGUGCAGGUAUUUGGAUGUCAAGUAGGGAGGUACGGUGAUGGUGACUGUAACAGCCAGUGCUCCGGAAACUGUUACGGUGGUAACUGUAACUCUACAACCGGUUCCUGCUUUUAUUGUUUUCCAGGAAAGUAUGGUGAUUACUGUAACAACGAUUGCUCCACGAAUUGUAAAAACAGCACUUGUGAGAAGGACACUGGAUAUUGUUCUGGAUGUAUUCCUGGUAAAAAAGGUGACAUGUGUAAUACCAACUGUUCUUCGCAUUGUGUGACAUGUAAACAGACAUCUGACCAAUGUUUUGAAUGCGUAAACGGAAAACACGGAGACGUGUGUGACCUCAAUUGUUCUGACAACUGUGAAGACAAAUCAUGCAUGAAGGACAAUGGAUAUUGCCUAGAAUGCGUAAACGGAAAACACGGAGACGUGUGUGACCUCAAUUGUUCUGACAACUGUAAAGACCAAUCAUGCAUGAAGGACAAUGGAUAUUGCCUAGAAUGUGUUCCUGGAAAACAUGGUAAUGAGUGUGCAAGUGAUUGCUCUGACAACUGUAAAGACAAAACAUGCAUGAAGAACAACGGAAAUUGUACUGGAUGCAUUACUGGUAAAACAGGCGCACUAUGCGAUACCAACUGUUCUUCGUAUUGUGAGACAUGUGACCAGACGUCCGAACAAUGUUUUGGUAAUUAUAACUUAGAAAUAUAUGUUGCUUCUGUUGCUGUGUUAAUGGUGAAGGGUGUGAGGAGAGAUGUGAUUAAUCGUUGA